AUGCCACCCACAUCAACUAUAAAAGUGCACCAUAAAGCGUUGCCAUUAAUCACCGUGAACUUGUCAGGAGUAAUAGCAAUAAAUCAUUCGUUUUUCGACUCGAAUUCGGUUCUGAUACUGGGAUAUAGAAAUGAAUCUGCAAAGUGCUUGACUGGAACAAUUUUAAAGCAGUUUAAGCAGAUGAUGAUGAUGAUGAUAAUUUUCAAGUGCUGA